AUGCCGCGCGACCGCCCGGCUACGACGGGCUACGAACGCCUCGCCCAGGCCGACCAGCUCUCCGACUCGGACGAUGACGACCUCGCCAUUGACCAGCCCUCUGCCGCCCUCUCCGCGCCUCGCUAUGCACCCAUCUCGAACCCGCCGCGCCCAUCGCAUCGCUCCGGUCUGCACACGCCUGCCUCCUCGCGGCCCAUCAUCCACCACCGGUCAGGAAGCGCCGCGGGUGUCGACCUCAAGGCGAUCAAUGCCCGGCUGGAGCGCUGGGCGGAUGAGAUCGCAUCAAGAUUCAAGCGGGGGCGUGGGAAGCACCAAGUCGGCGAGGAGGAGCGUUUUGAGAUUCACCACUCGGUGUUCCAGCCACCCGAGGGCGUGAGGCCAAUGUCCCCGGAAGAACUGGGGGGCCUGCAGGUAGGCCACAUGGCGCAGAGCGAAUUUGAGCGCAUCGUGGAUAGCGUACGGACGGCCAUCGGCCAAGAGAUUCACCCAAGUAUGAUUUCCCAGGGCAGCUCGGGCAGUUACUUUGCGCGUGAUCCAGAUGGCAAGAUUGUGGGUGUCUUCAAGCCAAAGGACGAGGAGCCCUAUGCCGCUGGCAACCCCAAAUGGAACAAGUGGAUACACAGGAACUUGUUCCCGUGCUUCUUUGGGCGAGCAUGUUUGAUUCCCAAUCUCUCCUACGUGAGCGAAGCGGCAGCCUACGUCCUCGAUUGCCAGUUGCGGACGCAUCUCGUGCCAUAUACCGACGUCGUCUGGCUUGCCUCGAAAUCGUUCCACUACCCCUUCUGGGACCGACGCAAGUUUAACCGCAAGAAGCGGCCAUUGCCCGCCAAGCCAGGCAGUUUCCAGGUCUUCCUCAAGGGCUUCAAGGACGCCAACGUGUUUCUGAGGGAGAACCCCUGGCCAGACCAGUACUGGUCGGGUCUGCGCACGAAUGAUGCACAUCGAAAGAAGAAGAAGAGGUGGACUGAAAACUGUCGACCGUCGAGCAGACCACCGAACGAUGUGUCGUACAGUGAUGACGAGGAUCAGCUCGAGUCUGACCUCUCGCCAUCGCCAGAGCGUUUUGUCUGGACAGAGCCCUUGAAGCAGUCAUUGCGAGAAGAGUUGGAAAAGCUGGUGAUUUUGGAUUACAUCAUGAGAAACACGGAUCGAGGCUUGGACAAUUGGAUGAUCAAGGUGGACUGGGAGACGGGGAAAGCGUCGAUUGUGUCGGAUCCAGUCCGCAUGAAUAUGGAGCCCGUGGCGGAAGAAGAAGGGCCACGGCCAGCCCACGCAGGACGGAGCCACAGCGCCGGCGCUACACCACGAGCCGCCAAUCCCUACAAGAGCCACAAGCCGAUGGAGGCGAAGAACAGAGAACCAGCGGGGAACCAGCCAUCGAUCGUUAUCGGAGCCAUCGACAACUCGCUCUCAUGGCCCUGGAAGCACCCCGAUGCAUGGCGAAGCUUCCCCUUUGGCUGGCUCUUCCUCCCAGUGGACUUGAUUGGACGCCCGUUCUCACAAAAGACGCGCGACCACUUCUUGCCGCUCCUGACCUCGACUGCAUGGUGGACGCAGACGACGAUGGCACUCAAGCGGGUGUUUCAGAACGACAAUGAUUUCAAGGAGCGCAUGUUCGCCAAGCAGCUCGCGGUCAUGAAGGGCCAAGCGUGGAACGUUGUCGAGGCCCUCAAGCAGCCCGACCACGGCCCCCUCGAGCUGACACGCCGCACAAAGGUCUGUGUGUGGGAUGAUCUCGUCGACGUGCCCGUCGCGGUGCCGAUGCAAAUGGCCACCUCUGGGACCGAGGCGCACGCCUGGGACGCCCCCACCCGCGAGUCGAUGGACGAGGCGGACAUCGCCGCCUCUGCACCGAUAGGGAAAGCCAAGGUGGACGACCUCCUUGGCCUGGGGAGUGCGCCGGUGGACAUGCCACACCCAGGCCGCUUCGAGAUUGCCUCGCCGACGGAGGAGCCGACGUCGCCCACCAGCGAGCGAGGAAAGGCCAGCUUCGGCUCCCUAGAGCGUCCUGCGCAUCUGAAGCACCAGAUGCCCACGUACCAUGGCACAUCACUGCCAUCGCCCCAGAGCCGCCGUCAGCGGCGGUACUCGUUCACCCCGACGCGUCGACGGAGCAACGGCAGCAUCGCCCGGCAGCUGUACGACGGGGACGACCUGGAAGGCGACAUUGGUUAUGCCGCUGCAGAAGGGCAGAUGGGGAAUCAGAGAAAGGUCAUUGUGGAGCGUCUGGAAGCUGUGAAGACCAGCCCGUUCUUCACAUGGUGCUGA